AUGGCUACGACUAUAGAAGUCACCCCCGAGGAAAUUCUCAACGAGCGUCAGGACGAAAUUCCUUCGAGCCCGGCAGUACAUGAGGAUAAUUCUGAUGACGAUGACAUUCGUUCGUUCAACUCAGCCGUUGAAGUCCCAGAAGAUGACGUCGAAGCGAUAACCCGCUUGCCCAGUCCUGAGCCCCCAAAGCCAGAAGAAAACGUUGGUUUGCUUCGCUCCAGGUUGCGGAAUUGCCUGCACAAUUUUGAGACAGUGUGUGAGGAUGUGGACUUCUCCUCAAUGGCGCAUCAUGCUGUCGAAAGUGCAGAGGAUUUUUUCCGAAGGGUCUGGGAAGGAACGUGGAGAGUUGUUCAUUUUCAGCAUCUUCCUGCUUGGCUCCAGGAUAACGACUUUUUGCAUCAUGCGCAUCGGCCUCCUCUUCCGUCGUUUUCCGCUUGCUUUAAAUCCAUAUUCAGGGUGCACACGGAGACUGGAAACAUUUGGACGCAUCUUCUAGGCUGUCUCGCCUUCAUGGGAAUUGCAACCUAUUUCCUUUCAAGACCCAACAUUGAGGUGGAACUUCAAGAGAAGCUCGUGUUUGCCGCAUUCUUCGCUGGUGCUAUCAUCUGUCUAGGGAUGUCGUUCGCUUUCCAUACAGUAUCGUGUCAUUCCGAGUUCGUCGGCAGACUGUUCUCCAAAUUGGACUACUGUGGCAUUGCGUUUCUGAUCAUGGGCUCGUUUGUACCGUGGCUCUACUACGGUUUCUAUUGUGAAUUUCUGCCGAAAGUAAUUUACUUGAGCGUCACUACAAUUUUGGGGACAUGCGCUAUCACCGUGUCACUGUGGGACAAGUUCGGAACACCGCGUUACAGACCGUUGAGAGCCGGAGUUUUCAUGGGGUUCGGGCUAUCAGGUGUUGUGCCCGCCAUGCAUUAUUUGUACUCGGAGGGAUGGUUGAAAGCUGCUUCGGAAGCUGCGAUGGGUUCUCUGAUUCUCAUGGCGGUGUUGUACAUAUCGGGAGCGUUGUUGUAUGCUUGGCGAGUUCCCGAGAGGUUUUUCCCGGGCAAAUGCGACAUUUGGUUCCAUAGUCAUCAACUCUUUCACAUUCUCGUGAUUGCCGCUGCGUUUGUGCACUACCACGGGAUCUCUGAAAUGGCGAUGUAUCGCUUGACAACCGGAGAUUGCGCGGUGGAUGAUCCAAGGAUUGUCUUGUGAUCUCUGACACCCAUUUUUUUGUGCAAUUUCGGUUGAGGAGUGCCUUUGUUAAUCUUUCGAUUUUGUGUGAGUUCAAGCAGAUGUGUGAUAAAGAACAUUGUACACUCCCCGCGUUGGAUGUGACCUGGCCCCCAAUCCUAGUUUUGCCGGAUGCGAUGGAAGAGCACUCGUGCAAGUGGGUCGCCUAUCCGUUGUGUGAUGUGAAAGGGGGGAUUCCUGAAGUCUGGAAACGCGAACUGUAUUAAUAUUUUUGCGUUUCAUUUUUCUCGCAUUUGUGCCCUGUAAUUUUAGAUUUGCUUGCAUCGUAAGAUCAGGACAAAAGAUGAAACUUGCCAACCUAAACCUGCCCAGCCCAUCGACAUGCUUCUGGUAUAAUUUUCUGAACCUAGUCAACUGUAUUUUUUCUCAGUGAUUCCGAGUUCCCCGCAAAUUAAAUUAAAUCUAUACUACCAUUUAUUUGGUUUUGUAUAACGAGCGCAUUUUUAUUUUUGAGAUUUUUGUCGUGGAUCUGCGUAGAUCUAUUGUAUGCUGAACAGAUUUGUGCGAGCGCCGGCUAGCGCGCGUCUCUGUUCGGAAAGAUUUUGAAUGACUCGUUUUUCGAGGUAGAGCUUGGACAUGUUUAUGCGUUGCAUAUCCAGUGCUGCGUCGGUAUAAUGUUGGAUGUCAGGUUUGGUAGAUAUGAUCCGUUUGGAAGGUGUUGUCGUCGUCAUGUGUUCUGAGUUUAUUUGACAUCAUCGCGGAAGAUUUUCGACGAGCGAAAUUCAUUCAGCUGUACACCGAGGAAAUUGUCAUAAAAUGAUGGAUAUUUGCUGGCGAACACGAAGUGAUUAGGAGAUGACCAAAGUAAAACUGUAUGCUUAUUGAA